AUGAAGCCUACCAACGUACUAGACGGUCACGGAAGUCUCUACAAAGAGGUACGCUUCUCUCCAACUGAAGCACCUAUCCGUCGCACAAAAUCUGUUUCAGCCACAUUUCCUCCUGCCAUUUCAGGCUACGGCCGAACCGCGAUCCAAGACUCCGCCUUAGUGAACUCGUUCGCCAUGGAUACCUCCUAUAUCGAUCAAUCGCGAGCCCUUCUACAAAGCCAGCGAGUAAACUUCGAGACGGAGAGGGCAUUGUUUGCGCAGGAGCGACAAUUGUGGGAGAAAGAGCGGGCGCUAUUGCGAUCGAAAAUCACCGAGCUGGAGGUACUUGUGAAGAGUCGGGGGAAUAAAACAAAUCAAUUAGGACCAGAAGCAGCCAAACUUGUGCUUGCCGGCGGAGUAUCGCAGUAUAAUACAAAUGGCUUCGCAGCUGCUCAGGUGUGGGAGGGGACGAGUCCAGGAACUCGGCCGACAAGGGUGUUCUUGGAUCAUGAAUCUCCAGAUCAAAGCUAUCUAUCGCCAAUUUCUGAAAGUGGACUGAAUUUGCCAUCCCUUGAUCAAGCCCUUUCACCCCAGUCGCAACCAGUAGCCGCUUCUGGAGGGCCUGUGAGUCUGCCGGUGCCGAUCGAAAAGCUUGACAGCACUCUAGAUGGUAUCACGCUCAAGUCCACGGCGUUGCCACCUGCUGUGGUAGCUCGAGUGAUCACCCCGCCCUCACCAUCGCCCCUGACCUCCCCUGGGACUGCCCCUUCAACCGCUGUAAGGCCUAGCAUGGAACACCGAAACAGUUUCAAAUUGAAACUGUCGGAGCUCGGUCCACCAAACGAGAACUUGCUUCGCCAUGCAGGUCACACCCCGAUGGCGAUCAUCGAAGGUGAUGAUAGUCGACGGUCCACCCAGGAUGGGUCUCCCAGCGAGAUUCCCUCCCAGAUCGAGGAGGGCCCUCUGUCUCCAGUGCCGACGAACGUUCAUCAGCCCUCUGAAAAUAAGGCCUCCUACUUUCCGGAUGUGCCUGAAGACCCCGCUCUCAAGGGGCCCCUCGGUCUGAUUAAUGAUGAGGAGCACGACUCCAAUUUUUUGAACGAAUUGGAUCAGAAACUCCUUGAUCAAGCAAAAAAUAUUCUGGGCAACUCGGUCGAAUCGGCGGAUCCCAAUGAGAGUGAUUCUGAGUCUGAGUUCCCUCGCCAAGACGAGAAGGAACCUGAAAUGAAAUUCAAGAAAUCCACCAACUUUGGCACUGCAUUUGGAGAAUCGGACCCGGGUCGAGUCUGA